AUGGCGACAGCAGCAACGGCGACAUCAGACGAGCAGGCCGCGCCAGCUGCGCAGCUCAAUCCAAGCCAGAAGUUCUUCCGUUAUUUCCAGCAUGAAGUCACAGACCUACAAGAGCAGAUGGCCCGCAUCGGUCAACACAGCAUCACCGGAGGCGAAAGAGCGGACGCAAUUGAGCAUUGCCUUUCCGGCAUCGCGAGAUUGUCAAGCGAAGUCCAGGACGCGUCCUCAUACAUCCCAGCUUACGAUCAGCGUACCUAUGGAGAAGCCAUCAAAGCCCUGAAUAGCAAAUUGCAAGAGGUGAGAGCGUCAUAUGCUCCGAAACCAAAAUUCUCAUUCAAGUCGAAGUCUGGGCCUUUGUUCUCUGCAGGCAAGAACGAAUCUGCCAUCAGCCUGAGCGAUGCUGCAGAGUUGGCAGAUCAGAAGCGACGACAGAUAACAGGAUAUGUUUCAGAUGUCUCGAACGCGUCCAGCCUGCCGACCACCCCGGCCGAAUUCGCGGCUCCGGCAGAUGAGCAGGCUGGAAGCUUGACGGAGGCAAAUCGCUCGAAGAGCGUCAAUCUUCCCGUUGAUACUACCAGGUUUCGCCAACCUUCCUUCUCCGACAGCAAUGCUGUCUCCAUUAACAACCACGAGAAUGUUCACAUAGUUCUCCCAACUUCGGCAAGUCACGCCACCAGUUCCGGUACUGUCUCAGAUCUGGAGCGAUGCGUCGUCGACCUAUCCCAACCUGCGGCGGACAAGCCCUUCGCCCAGCUUAUACUCAAAAACAUCACCUCUUCCCUCAUCAUUGGUGGGCACGUAAGUGGAGCAGCACAUAUCACGAAUGUCAAGGAUUCUGUCAUUCUUGUUACUAGCCGACAGUUCCGCAUGCAUGACUCUUCGAAUUGCGACGUCUAUCUCCUGACCUCAUCUCGACCUAUUAUCGAGAAUUGCUCGAGCAUCCGCUUCACUCCUCUUCCUAAGGCGUACAUGCUCGAGAGCGACAAGGAUAUCGACAAUCAAUGGCACAAGGUAGAUGACUUCAACUGGCUUCGGACCGAGCAGAGCCCUAAUUGGAGCACACUUGAGCCGGGGAAGAUGGUUGAUGAGAAAAUCUGGCGUGACAUUGUCCCUGGUGGUCCUUCGACCAGUGUGGAUGAUAUAUUGAAAGCUGUCAAUGUAACCUUGACGUAG